UUUCCGGUGUCACGUGAGAUUUGUUGUUUCGCCGGCGAACGAGACUAUUUUCACAAAUAGAUCUAGAUUAGCCUAAACGUUUUUCCAUCUUUUCAAAGUAAAAAAAAAAUAAUAAAUAAUUAAGGUAGCAAGAAAACAUGCAACAAUCUUAAGAGAGUAAUUCAAUUCACAGGCAUUUUUGUAUCGACUAGGCUGGACCUCAACAUGAAAGUCAUUGCUAUUCUGUCUGCAAUGCUGGCGUGUGUCGAGUGUUUACGAUGUUUGAAUUCAAAUGGACAAAACGUAGAUUGGUUCUCGGUCUACAAAUCUGCUUUGAUUCGAAAAGUUCCCAAAUUUCAGAAAGGUCUGGGUUUUUUCUACCUUGAUGAGGACAAUUCAACGUGGACACUGUCCGAAGCAACCAUUGCUGAUUCUGGAACUCCUGUGGCUAAUACAGUCACCCAGAUCUACACAAGCGCUAGAAGUUCCUGGAUGUACUUGCUGUACAAUGACGAGCCUCCUUCUGGUACAUCACAGAGCCUAAAGGGGCAUACUAAAGGUGUGGUAGCUUUUGAUAAGACGUCUGGUUUCUGGCUGGUCCACAGUGUACCUAACUUUCCUCCCCCUACAAGCGGAAGCUAUUCCUGGAACUACAAUGGUUCUAAGUAUGGUCAGAUCUUUCUCUGCAUCACUUUUCCUUACAGCCAGUUGGGUCAGAUUGCCUAUCAGCUGUUCAUGAACCGGCCUCAUGUGUAUGACUCCAACAUCCCAUACCAGAUAGCAGCAGACUAUCCACUGUUACAGCAGAUAGUGAUGGGCAAGAGACCCACUAGUCCACCCUGGUACAACGUCACGCAAUUAACUUCUUUGAACGGACAGAACUUUCUCAGUUUCGCCAAGGCAGAUGAAUUUGAUAAAGAUUUGUAUGAUUCUCUUGUUGCUCCAAAACUACAAACAAGUCUAAAAGUUGAGACAUGGUUGAAUGGUCAAGGUACAAAACUACCUUCGGACUGCACAUCUACCUACAAGGUAAGAAACAUUCGCGAUGUGGCUCUCUCUGCUCAAGCCAAUUUUAAUGAGACUAAGGAUCACUCCAAGUGGGCCAUCUCUGAUCAGGAGAGCUCUACAAUACAAUUCAUCUCUGAAAAGUUUCAGGUGCAACGCCAUCGCAUCCAGUCGAGCCCCUGGGUCUGUGUGGCUGAUAUUAAUAGGAUGGAAAGUCAGUUUAAGCGCGGCGGAGGGGCGCUGUGCCUCCAGCACCAGGGCGUCUGGACAUCUUUCAACAACGCUAUUGCUAAAUGUGACAGCUGUCAGCCUUAGGGAGUAUGAGCUGAUACCCUCACACAAACAAAAAGACUGACAUACACGUACAUAGAUCUACACACACACACACAGACACCAUAAACCUACACACACACACCACACGAUUCCAUUUCAUUGUUGAUGGUGGCAGGUGUUCUGACCAGCCCAUGGAAAGACAACUCUCCCCACCCGUCAGGAUGUUGACGUACAGCAGACUUGAGUUUUAAUUUAUUUUGUAACAACUCAAGUCAUAACUGAGGAUCACGGCACCACUACCUCCAAGAGUCGGAUCACUGACCAACUAUAAACGUCUACCCAAUUCAAGUUUCGUAAAUAAUUCUAAAUUGAUAUUUGCUUUGUUUAAGAUUUUUUUGUUGUUGUUUGGCUGUAGGUCCCAUUGUUGAUGUUUACCAUUUCGUUUUUUUGUUCAACAAUGCUGCCACUUGAUCACAUUUGGAUCUAGCCAUUUUUCCACAAAUUGUACUAUAUAUAAAUAGAUCUAUUUUUUCUACACGCAUAUUUUUUAAUACAUUUUUUUAGAUGGCCUUUCGUUUCUAUAUUUUGUACAUAGUCUGUGUUUGUUAGUCAAUAUCUGCUGUGUACUCUCAUGAAAAUGAUUUCUUGUAUCGGUUGUUUUUCUUAUGUUUACAUGCGCCUGUAACUCGUCCGUAAGAAUGUGUUCAAAAAUGUUAUAAUAAUAAUAAUAAUAAUCUUUAUCCGUAAGGAGAUUUGUUUUACAAUUUGUGCAUUACACCAAACAAAAAACAUUAUAACUAUAAGAAACCAAAGUGUGGUGUGUAGUCAUUCAGUGUAUAUUCCGUGUAUUAACGCCAUACUAUGCGGACAUGGUUUUCAACUCUAUAGCCACAGUAUUGUGUUGAAGAUGUGCUGCUAUGUUCAUAUUAAUUUAAUACACUGAAUGGCUUGAACUCGUUCAUUUCGUCUUUUCAUCUGAUAUAUAAAGUAGGACAACAUGCUCCUCUCUUUGGAAAUAACAUCUGUAAUGUAUAAGGUAAGAAGAAUGUAAGUGUAUGUACCAGUGUGUGUGUCUUUAAUACAAAUACAAACCGUCUGAGCAAUCUUGAUGACACUUGGCAUGGAUGUUCCUUACAUCAUUGCGGAGACUUUAGGGUGUGUUGGAUGUUCCUCUCACAACCGGAGGACACUAAAACAACUACGUUUUGAUGACGUCUUCAAACGUUGACCACUGGAAAACAAAAUCUACGUCUCGAUGACGGUAUCUGAAAGCAGACUGGUAAGCGUCCCCUCCAUUCAACAGAUCUUUCUUACGGCUAACAUUACAUUGAAGAUUUACAGAAAGUGAAACAUAUGUUUUACAAGUGUGCUUUUCGCAUUAGAAUUAAACAUUACUUUAUGCAUAUAACGAAAAGUUAAAUAAAGUAGGCAAUACAAGCAAUACAUUAGUUCAACCAUCAUAAUCUAAUGGGUGAACACUACGCAGAAAAUGAAAUUGUUUGUGAUUUUGUAAUUGGCGCAAUCGUAUUUGUCAAAGUUUUAAACAAAUGUUUUAAUGUUUGAAAAUCUUUUUAGCAUUUUGUAGAGUGUUCAUUUUGAAUAAAACCCGAUGUAGAUACA